AUGGGCCAAGGAGGAUCAGGACCCGGAACAGGCGCCAGUGGUUUGAUGGACGGUAUAGCUUUGUGGGAGAGGCAUCAAGGCAUCAAUCAGUACUCAACCACCGUGCUCUGGGGUGCCAUUGGAGAGAUCGGUCUGCGAAAGGCCAUCUACGGCUCUCGUGACGUCUUCGCACAGUUCGACCUGGGACAGAAGCUCAUCGGACCGGCCGACACCUCCUUCCUCGAGAAGCAGGUCUGCUGCAAUCCCUUGACUUGGGACUUCGUUGGCCUGGCCUACCUGGACAACACCUGGCAGGACUCGCUGUCAGGCCGGGGCGGCGGUGGCUUGUCGAGCCGCAAGACCUUCCUGGACAAUUGA